AUGAGACCAGAUGACAUUAACCCGAGGACUGGACUGGUGGUGGCCUUGGUCAGCGUCUUCCUUGUCUUUGGCUUUAUGUUUACUGUGUCUGGGAUGAAAGGGGAGACCCUGGGGAACAUCCCUCUCCUUGCCAUCGGACCGGCCAUUUGCUUGCCUGGCAUAGCUGCCAUUGCCCUGGCCAGGAAAACUGAGGGCUGUACGAAAUGGCCCGAGAAUGAACUGCUCUGGUGCAGAAAACUCCCCUGCUUCAAAAAGGCAAAGGACAAGGAAGUGACCGAACUGCUGAGGACCCCCUCGGACCUAGAAUCAGGCAAAAGGAGCUCUGAUGAGCUGAUGAAAAAGACCUUCCUCAGAGGCAAGCUGUCCCCUAAGGGGGUUGUGUCCGUGUCCGGGUCUGCCACGGCUACUGGGGCAGGGGAGUGCAAAAGUCUGAACCAAAAGGUAGAACAGGAUGAAAUGUUGAGAUACCUGGAAGGAAGCCAACCUUCAGGUGCAUGCCCAGCUGCAGGGAGUACCCCCACCUACAGUGCCUUAGAUCCAAAGUGCUCUACCUGGGAUAGAUCUGAUUGCCCAGAGCCCGAGGACCACAUAUUCUUUGUACCGCAAGACAGUAUUAUUGUUUGUUCCUACAAGGAGAACAGUCCAUAUGACAGGUACUGCUGCUACAUAAAUCCAAGUCAAGUCGGCUGGGACCAUGAGACAAUAGUUUAAACUGGGCAUUUAUGCGUAUUUGCAUUUAGAGAAACCUAAUACCUUCCAGCUAUUAAUGGAAAAGAAACUGCACCGCAUGA